AAACAAUAGAAACGAAAGCUGAAAAGCCAAACCAAACAAAACCAAACCCCUCUCUCUCUCUAUUUCUCUCUCUUCACUCUCUCUCUCAUCUCUCUCAUCUCUCUCUGUGAAGUGAUCGAAGUGAGAAGAAAAAUGUCGGGGAAAGGCGCAAAGGGUUUGACAAUCGGUAAAACCCCAUCAUCCGCCAAAGACAAAGACAAGAAGAAACCCACUUCUCGUUCCUCCAGAGCCGGUCUUCAGUUCCCAGUUGGACGUAUCCAUCGCCUUUUGAAGUCAAGGACGAUGGCUCAUGGAAGAGUUGGGGCAACGGCUGCAGUUUAUUCUGCUGCUAUCCUCGAGUAUUUAACUGCUGAGGUGUUGGAGUUGGCCGGCAAUGCAAGCAAGGAUCUGAAGGUGAAGCGUAUUACCCCAAGGCAUCUACAGCUUGCUAUCCGUGGAGAUGAAGAACUCGACACCCUCAUCAAAGGAACAAUAGCUGGUGGUGGUGUUAUUCCUCAUAUCCACAAGUCUCUUAUCAACAAAUCAUCAAAGGAAUGAAGUGUUCGUAAUUUGUUUCGAAUCAACGUGGAAGAAAAGACCGAUUUUAAUGUAAAUUUGGUGAUAACUUAAUUUUACAGAUAAUUUGCUCGCUGCGUUGGUUUGAUUGAUUGAGCCAUCCUUCUUAAGAUAAUCUGAAAUUUCUUCUUUAUUUAUUAUAUGGAUUGUAUUAACUGACAUGCUCACUUUUGUGUUAUGGUACUAUAUGUCUAGUCUCUCCAUGUUGGUUUUUGUUUUGUUAAA